GACCCAGGGUCAGUCUUUGAAACUGAGUUGUGUAUUAUUUCUAAGUGUGUCUUGGUGCCACCUCCAGGGUCUACUGAGGGGAAUGUCAUUCCGAUGAAAUAUCUUUUGAGUUCAACUGAGCUUUGGGGGGUUUUUUUGGUCCUUUCAGAUCAGUUUACUUUUUAAUUGAACUAUAGUUGAUUUACAAUGUUGUGUUAGUUUCUGGUGUACAGCACAGUGAUUCAGUUAUACAUUUGUAUAGACUUUUUCAUUAUAGGUUAUUACAAGCUAGUGAAUAUAGUUCCCUGUGCUGUACAGUAGGUCCUUGUUGUUUAUCUAUUUUAUAUGUAGUACCUAAUAUCUGCAAAUCCUAAACUCCUAAUUUAUCCCUCCCCCCUUGCCCCUUUGAUAACCAUAGGUUUGUUUUCAAUGUCUAUGAGUGUUUCUAUUUUGUAAAUAAGUUAAUUUGUGUCAUUUUAAAAGAUUCCACAUAUAAGUGAUAUCAUGUGAUUUUUGUCUUUCUCUGUCUAACUUACUUCACUUAGUAUGAUAAUCUCUACGUCUAUCCAUGUUGCUGCAAAUGGCAUUAUUUUAUUCUUUUUUAUGGCUGAGUAGUAUUCCAUUGUGCACGCGCGCGCAUGUGUGUGUGUGUAUACCAAACUUCUUUAUUCAUUCAUCUAUGGAUGGACACUUAGGUUUCUUCCAUGUCUUGGCUAUUGUAAAUAGUGCUGCUAUGAACAUUGGGGUGCAUUCAACUGAGUUAUUAAAUGGAGUUGAGGGAUUUGCUAUUUUUUUAAACUAUUAUCCCCAGUUUAUAAUUAUUCAGGGCUAUAAAAACACAGUGUAUUUAAAUGUGUAACCUAUGAUCCUAGAUUGGCAUUCUCAAGUACAGGCUGUGUUGACUUUUCAGAUGGUUACAAAGAGUGUCUAGUUGGUGCCUGCAUCUAGAAUGAGUGGCUUUCCAGUUGUUCUAUGGAAUGGCAGAGAACCUGGAAGUGCUCUGUGGUAGACUGAUCAGUGGAAAGGCACAAGUUCACCCCUGCCUUCACUUGUGCCUGGACUCCCGAACCCAAGGCUCUGGAUUCAACCUUUCAAGAGUUGCCAUUUUUCUUCUGCCAGCCUGGAUGGUUUUUAUUCAUUGGUUAUGCCUUAAUCAGGAAAACAUGACCCUUCACUUUCUGCUUCUGACCUGCCUUUUCCUGCUUAUCUCUGAUCCCUGUGAGUUCUUCACUGAAGCAAACUAUUCUAGAAGCUAUCCUUGCGAUGAGAAAAUCCAAAAUGGCUCUGUGAUUGCCGAGUGCGACAAUCGUCGACUACAGGAAGUGCCCCAAACGGUGGGCAAAUAUGUGACAGAACUCGACCUGUCCGGUAAUUUCAUCCGACACAUAACAAACGAAUCAUUUCAAGGGCUGCAAAAUCUGACUAAGAUAAAUCUAAACCACAACGCCAGGCUAUGGCCCCAGAAUGUGAAUCCCAAUAUAAACAAUGGGAUGACUAUCACAGACGGGGCGUUUCUCAACCUACAGAAACUCAGGGAGUUACUGCUGGAAGACAACCAGUUAUACGAAAUACCUGCUGGUUUGCCAGGAUCUUUGAGAGAACUUAGUCUGAUUCAAAACAAAAUAAUUGUGUUAACUAAAAGGAAUACUUCUGGACUAAGGAAUUUGGAACGUCUCUAUUUGAGCUGGAACUGCUAUUUUGCUUGCAAUGAAACUUUUGCCAUAGAAGACGGAACAUUUGAAAAGCUGACACAGUUGAAGGUGUUGUCACUCUCUUUCAAUCCCCUUUUCCAUGUGCCACCCAAACUGCCGUACUCCCUAAGGGAACUCUAUCUUAGCAACACCAAGAUUAGAAACAUCAGUGAGGAGGACUUCAAGGGACUGGGCGAUUUAAGAGUCCUAGAUUUAAGCGGAAACUGCCCAAGAUGUUUUAACGCGCCAUUUCCCUGCAUACCCUGUGAAGGAGGUGCUUCGAUCCAGAUCCAUCCUCUCGCUUUUCAAAACCUGACCCAACUUCGCUACCUAAACCUCUCCAGCACCUCCCUCCGGAAGGUUUCUGCAUCCUGGUUUGACAACAUGCGUCAUCUGAAGGUGCUGCAUCUCGAAUUCAACUAUUUAAUGGACGAAAUAGCCUCUGGGGAAUUUUUUAUGAAACUGCCCUCCUUAGAAAUCCUUGACUUAUCUUAUAACUAUAUACAGAAAAGAUAUCCCAAAUACAUUAAUAUUUCCGAAAACUUCUCUAAUCUUAGAUCUCUCCAGAUGUUGCACUUAAGAGGUUAUGUGUUCCAGGAACUUAGAAAAGAGGAUUUCCGGCCCCUGAGGAACCUCUCAAACUUGAAGACUAUCAACUUGGGCAUUAACUUUAUUAAGCAAAUUGAUUUUACCGUUUUCCAAAACUUCCCCAACCUGACAAUCAUUUACUUGUCCGAGAACAGAAUAUCGCCCCUGGUCAAUGAUACAAAUGGCUCCUCUUUUCAAAGCCAUAUCCUGAAGCCACGCUCAGCAGAUUUUAAGUUUGACCCCCAUUCGAAUUUUUAUCAUAACACCCAUCCUUUAAUAAAACCACAAUGUUCAUCUUACGGCAAAGCCUUAGAUUUAAGCUUGAAUAGUAUUUUCUUUAUUGGGGCAAACCAAUUUGAAGCUUUUAAGGACAUCGCCUGCUUAAAUCUCUCUUCAAAUGGCAACGGUCAAGUGUUACACGGAAUGGAAUUUUCACAUUUGCCAGGUAUCAAGUAUUUGGAUUUGACAAGAAAUAGACUAGACUUUGAUGACGAUGCAGCUCUCGGUGAACUGCCCUUGUUAGAAGUUCUAGAUCUCAGCUACAAUGCACACUAUUUUCGAAUAGCAGGAGUAACACACCGGCUAGGAUUUAUUCAAAAUUUAACUCAGCUGAAAGUUUUAAACUUGAGCUACAACAGCAUUUUUACUUUAACUGAGCCAUACCUGAGAAGCGCGUCCCUGGAAGAAUUAGUUUUCAGUGGGAACCGCCUUGACCUUCUGUGGAAUGCGGAAGAUGUCAGGUACUGGCAAAUCUUUAAAUAUCUCAGCAAUCUGACGCGGCUGGAUUUAUCCUUUAACAACCUUCAGCAUAUACCGUACGAAGCACUCCUUAACUUGCCCCAAAGUCUCACCGAACUAUAUAUACACGAUAAUAUAUUAAAUUUCUUUAACUGGUCAUUACUCCAACAAUUUCCUAAUCUCCGCUUGCUUGACUUAAGUGGAAAUGAGCUCUUUUUUUUAACUGAUAGCCUCUCUAAAUUCACAUCUUCUCUUCAGACACUGAUACUGAGAAGAAACAAGAUUUCCCACCUGCCCCCAGGCUUUCUUUCCGAAGCCAGCAGUCUGAUACACCUCGAUUUAAGUUCCAACCAGCUAAAGAUGAUCAACAAAUCUACGCUUCUAACUAAGACCGCCACCAACUUAGCCAUUUUGGAACUAGAGAGAAACCCUUUUGACUGUACCUGUGACAUUGGAGAUUUUCGAGAAUGGAUAGAUGGAAAUCUGAACGUCACAAUUCCCAGGUUGACAGAUGUCAUUUGCGCCAGUCCUGGGGAUCAACAAGGGAAGAGUAUUGUGAGUCUGGAGCUCACAACUUGUGUUUCAGAUGCCAUUGCAGCGAUAUUAUGUUUCUUCACCUUCUUUGCCACCAUCAUGGUUAUGGUGGUUUCCCUGGCUCACCACUGGUUUCACUGGGACGCUUGGUUUAUCUAUCAUGUGUGCUUAGCUAAGGUGAAAGGCUACAGGUCUCUUUCCACAUCCCAGACUUUCUAUGAUGCUUAUGUUUCUUAUGACACCAAAGAUGCCUCUGUCACGGACUGGGUAAUCAAUGAGCUGCGCUUCCACCUGGAAGAGAGCGAAGACAAAAAUGUGCUCCUCUGCUUAGAGGAGAGGGAUUGGGAUCCGGGACUAGCCAUCAUCGACAACCUCAUGCAGAGCAUCAACCAAAGCAAGAAAACAAUAUUUGUUUUGACCAAAAAAUAUGCCAAAAACUGGAACUUUAAAACGGCAUUCUACUUGGCCUUGCAGAGGCUAAUGGAUGAGAACAUGGAUGUGAUCGUAUUUAUUCUGCUGGAGCCAGUGCUGCAGCAUUCUCAGUACCUGAGGCUGAGACAGAGGAUCUGCAAGAGCUCCAUCCUCCAAUGGCCUGACAACCCCAAGGCGGAAGGCUUGUUUUGGCAAAGUCUGAAAAAUGUCGUCUUAACUGAAAAUGAUUCCCGGUAUAACAAUUUGUACGUCAAUUCCAUUAAGCAGUACUAACUAUGUUAAGCCGUGGUUCAGUGACAUAAGGAAAAUGCACAGCAAUUGCCGUUCUGUCUCACCUAUCACUUGCUGUGUAACAAAUUAUCACCCCCCACCCCAAACUUAGUGGCUUAUAAUGACACAAUUUGGCAUCUCAGCGUCUCUGUGGAUCAGGAAUCCAGGCGUGGCUUACAGCUGGGUCCUCUGCUCAGAGCCUCUCAAAGGCUGUAAUCUCCGUGUCGGCCAGGGCCACAGACAUCUCCGAGGGUUAGCAUCCACUUCCAGGUUCACAUUCGUGUGGUGGUUUUCAGGAUUCACUUCUUCCAAAGACGGCUCUCGGUUCCCGGUCCCACGGACCCCUCCCCAUGGCAGCUUGCUUCAUCAAAGCCAGCAAGAGAGAGAUGCUUAAUGUGAUGGAAGUCGCCAUCUUCUGUAAUCUAAUCAGAGGAGUGGUAGCCCAUCUGUUUGGCCACGUUCUGCUUGUUAGAAGUAAAUCACAAGCCCUGCCAACUCCGUGGGAGUGAUCACCUCAGUCCUGGGAAAGUAGUCUGUGACCAGAAUGGGCAAUUGUGAUGGCCUCACUCGGCCUGCCGUCUUGGUCAUGGAUUAUGAAUACCAGGAGAGGGGUCAACAUGGGCCAUCUUAGCAGUUGACCUACCUGCCAACUCAAUGUCUACCUGCUUCUCAAUAUCUCAGAACUUUUGUGACUGUAACUUAUCAUUCUGAUGUUAAGUUGCUGUUUAGAUUUAUCAUAUAUCCAUGGCUACGUGGUUAUAUCAUGCUGUGGUUGCAUUAGUCUUUCUUUUACAAUUACUUUUAUAAAUAUUAGCUGUAAUGUUUGACUUCUAAGGUUUAGAUACCAUUUAAAGGCUAAGACGAGUAGUAAUGAAAGAUUUUGUUUUUACUUCUUAACUGAUUUUUUUAAAAGUAUGCAGCUAAAUUAGAAGCAUUUGGAGUAUCUGUCAAUUGCCAUUGCUGUAAAUCUUGAAAUUAAUGAUUAAGGGGCUUCAGUUCACAUUAUGAGCAUAUAAUGAAUACAUAGUAGGGAAACAGAUCUGUAAUAUAAAAGAAAUUACCGUCUACAUUGGGUUUUUAGAGGAUACUUAGGAAAAAAACCUUUGGUAGAAAUCAAAGGGGGAAGAGUUUUCAUGAAGUUUGUACAUUAAGAUAAUUAUGAACAGAGAAAUUAAUUCUACCUUUAAUUCCUACUCAGAAGACAUAAAGGCAGAAAUGCCUACCUGUUGGCUUCUGCAAUUCUCCCAAGGGAAACAACAUCGGCAUUCCCUCCCACCUCUCCUGUCCCUUUCAUUCCUCUGCAACUGUCCAUAGUGUCUUCUCUCCAGUAUAGGUGUGGAUCUUGAAGGGACACCUUAUGAAAUUUACCUGAAAGUAAUGGGAAAUUAUUCAAUCAUAAGUAAGUAACGUCCCUUCGGAAUGAAGAGAAGAAAACUCUCUGAGGCACCAUCCUUCCUUAAGUACAGUCUCUUAGUUAAUCUUGCAGAAUAAGUUAUUUUUAAAUAUGAGUUUCUUAAACAACACGUUUCUAGUCUAUAGCACCAGGAACUCUAGUCAAUAUCUUGUAGUACCUAUCAUGAAAAAAGAGUAUGAAAACGAGCGUCUAGGUCUGUGUCUAUGUCUAACUGAAACAUGAUGCUGUACACCAGAAACUGACACAUUGUAAACUGACUAUAUGUCAGUUAAAGAAAAUAAAUAUGAGUUUCUAAGCAACUGAACAAAUGGUGUGUCAGUGUUUGUUAACGUGGACAAAGUGGAAAUCAGCACAAGUUUGUCAAGGACAGUUUUAGCUUUGCCACAUCGAACCCUGUUUUGUGCCCAUGAUGUUUCUAGAAAGAUAUUUAUGCUUGCGUUUGUUGAGGCAUGAAGGCGAGUAUUUAAAAGCAGGAUCAUUCCAGGAAGGGACACUCUAAAAAGAAUGGUGGUGGGGGGUGGGGACAGUUACAGCUCGUCCCUGUUGGUGCCACAUUAACUUGUUACCUAGUAGAAGCUCGCUCCUAUGUUCUCUGCUUGUUUUGGUAAAAUACAAAUGGACCCUUUUCAGUAACAAGUAAUUACAGAUCUCUGUUAAGCUCACACACGUUGGCAGUGUCCUUUUGACAGAAUCACAAGUUAAUGAAAGACACAAUUUUACCUUCUCCCAAGCAAAUAUCUUCAUCAAGUGAAGGUAGUGAAGUCACUGGUUGAUGAAAACAUUUAUUCCUGAAACUCACUCAUUUCUCAUCAGAGGUACAGUUACGGGAAAAUCAGGCAUCUAAUCUGUUGAAAAGAAGGUCAGCAUUGUUCGGUUUUCUGUUAUUUUUUAAGUGAAUAUGCGCUGAUACUCGCAUAUGUUUUUAAAAAUUCAAGUUUUACGAACGGAUGCACGAUGAAAUUUAAGUCUCCUUCCCAACACAACUUUGCUUCCUAGAAACAAUCACUGUUUAAGAUUCUUGUGUAGGGGAGGCUAUAGCUCAGCAGUAGAGCACGUGCUUAGCACUCACGAGGUCCUGGGUUCAAUUCCCAAUGCGUCCAUUAAAAAAUAAAUAAAGGUUUUAAAAAAGA